AUGUCUCUCUGGCCGUUCCGGACGGGCAAUGAUGACCGCUUCCAGACGAGCAGCGGCCCGUCUGGCGCCGAGGACAUCUACGCCACUAUGCGCCAGGGGGCCUUGCCGCCGCACAGCUACGGGGUCGAAGUGGACAGCUAUUUGGAGUGGCGGUGGCGGCGGGGUUUUGUGCAGAGCGUUUUCCCAGUGACAUGCUACGGCGCAGUCACUGGUUUUUGCGUCGGCUUCCGGCAGUCGCGCAUCGAGGGCCGCUACGUUGGUCGAUAUCGCAUUAUGUGGCGGUACACCUCGACAUUUGCGGCGGUGGGACUUCUGACGAGCGCGUUUCACCACCUCCUCGUCGUGCGCAACCGCUACCACGACAAGUUCUACUACCCCAUUGUGGCCGGUACCGCAGGCGCGGUGGUUCUUUCACUGGCAUCGCAGAUGGGCACCAUAGGGCAGGGCAUGUUCGUGGGCGGCUUCCUCGGCAUAAUGUACGGGCUCGGCUGCUACGGCAUGAACUACUACCACCGACGACGCCUGCGCAUCUUUUUGCACGAACAGCGGGUCCGGCAGGUACCCAUCCAUAAGGUCUCGCCGGAGCUGCAGCCGAUGUACCGCGCCUUCCUGUACGACAACCGCCCUUUGGAAGAGGAAGACAAAAAGAGCCGCGAAGCCGUCACGCUCUCCCGCUCUGUCGACAACACUCGCCUCGAUGCCCACACCUUCAUGAGCAACAUGACACCGGAGGUGUUUGACUGGGUGAACUUUCCCGACUGGUGGCCGUUGAAGUGGCCCCUGCAGACGGAGGAGGAGCAGUUGUUGCUGGAGCGUCAGCGGAAUGAGGAGAUUGAGCGGCGCAAGAACACAUUUUUAGAGACGGAGAAUGCCGGUCUGUUGAAGCGCAAGAACCGCGCGAAGAUGUAUCGUGAUCUGUGA